ACGCACGCACGCACGCACGUACGCACGCACGCACUCACGCAUGGUUCCUCAUCGAGAUGGAGGCAAUUGGUUCUCAGAUAGUCUUGUGAUUCCUAGAAGAUAUUAUACCGUUUCCGGAACUCCUGGUUCAGGGGCUGGUAAGGGAGGAGGGUCUGGUGGAGCAGUCAGAGAAUCAGGAGGUGGAUUGGGUCAGUAUGGAGCUGCUCAAGAAGAGGGAUAUUUUUUUAAUAAGCAACGGGAACAAAUAGAGAAGAUAAAAGAGAAAUUGAAGAAGAAUCCUAAGAAAGCAUCUGAGGUGUCUCAGAAAGAAGAGAAAUGAGCAUUAAUUGAAUUAAAGAUUUUUGUUUUAUUUGAUUAAGACAUGCAAUAAAACAUUUUAGGUUAUUUGGAUGUAUUUUAAAUUCAUGAUUGGGAUUUAAUGCAAUGAAAAUGCUUUUACAGGUAAAUAGUACUUACAUACCUGCUUCUUUAUUGCCGACGUUUCGACGUGAAUUGCACCACGUCGCUGUCACGACAG